ACUGUUGGACUGAAACAUCCACCAGAUUUGCUCUCCUUCCUUUCCGUUGAAGUGCCAGUUUUACCGUUGUGCACUUUGAAUUCGCUGCAGCGUGGUUCAACCGGACAGCAGUUGGGUUUACAACCUUGUGACGGCUCCCCUUGUCCCGGAAUAUCCCGUCUCAUGCCUGGCUCUCAACGAUAUCGUACUACGCUGAAUGGGUCUAACCCUGCUCUACGUUGUCCACAAUCAGAGAGUCUGGUGGAAACUGGUCUGAUAGGAAACGAGCACCGAAUGGUCGCAAUCGGGACUCCACCCACCACCGCUAACACACUUUGUCCGGGACGCCACGUGCUCGCUGAUAUUUGUCUGCCUAUCAACACCGAAGGUAUGCUACCUCGUUUGUGGGAAACGCGACAGCGUUUGAUCGAGUUGAACAACUCCGUAGAUCCAUUUUGUUUGGCUUGGGCACGAACAGUGUUGUACACGCUGAUGCCUCAUCCAAUGGCCGGGUGGUUAGAAGCAAAUUUUGGGGGUUCAGCCAAAGCAUCUGUUAGUUUUACCGGUGUUGAAGUGGUUUCACCAUUUAGCAGUCACACUCAGCCAAAAGAGCACGACCCCAGUGUCACCUAUCAGAUGCCCCCAACACGACGUUUGGCGUAUAUGUCAUCUUUGGCAAGUAAAUCAGCUGAAGCCCGCUCACUUCGACGUCGCUUGCGCAGACGAUUGCCUCGUGGUGCCCUUGUCUGCCCUCCACGAUUAGGCACGAGUUUCCGAGCGUUAGCACGUCAUUUGACAAACGCAAACGCAGGUCUAGUUUAUAUUGCCGGUUCGCCCGUGAUACGCAUCGACACUUGGAUGCCGUCGCCUCGACUGGCUGGAGAUUUGACCCUGAUUAAUGGAGAUGCAGUUGGGCACUCAACGUCUAACAGUGCUGACACAACUAACUGGGCGUUGUGUCGGGAUUUGAGUGUGGCGUUCACCACUUAUGCCGGUCAGUUGUCACUCACGUUUUGUGCGAACUCCGCAAUGGAUAACGAUCCGAAUUUAGACCUAAUUCUACAAGCAGUACGAACACAGCUAUUAAAGUGGUCAUUGGGUGCUCAACCGUGCAUUCCGGCUAUUUCCGCUAAUUAUAAGAUGAACAAGUAUUUUGAUGCAUCAAAACAAGUUCUCACUGUCAAAAUCUCUGUACUUCGUAAAAUGUGUCGUCUGUUGGCUGGUAGGCAUGUCCCCACCGCAACUGAUCGAUGGCUCUAUCGCAGUUCCAGCAUGGAAACACGCGCUCCAUCCCCUUCAACUGCACUAAGUCUCAGUCCAUCGUUGAACCCCAGUCUUGUAUUGCGUACCGAUUCCAACGCCACUACCAGUAUUGAAAGCACUGCCGACACCCGGUCAGGGGACGCGACUGGGCAUGGUGCACAGUCAGGAAUGUGUAAAACAGUAGCUCCAGCUUCUGUCUCAGAUUCAACGUAUGCAAACUUAUCCGAUCGCAGUAACCCGUCCAAAACUCAAACAAAGGGAUCACAAAAUUCCGUAGAACAGCGGUAUCACACCUCAAGAGAGAUGUCCAAUUUUGGUCAUGGUGAUGGCACGGGCGUUUUGGUGCGCGCUGUUUCCUCCUCGCAUACACCGGGACAGAUGGCAAAUCAAAUUUCUAUCCAAACAUACGCUUGUCAAUCCGGACAGCCAACAGAGCAGUUACAAGAUCGACUUCAAUGGGUCCAGCAACAACUAAACGAUGCCGCCUCGAGCACACCUACACAUUCAACACGAAAACGCCUGACAGAUCAGGAGUUAGUGGAUCUUCGAAACGAGUUUUGUGCAUUACUUCGCGAGCUCAAACAACGUUGCAGCCUCGGGAAUCUGGGCAUCACACCGGAAAUGGCCAAGUCCAUUUCUUUUCCUACUUCUGAUUCUCCAGAUCACAGAAAAAGUGUGCGAGACGGUCGGUUGGCUGUGACCCACCCUCGUUCUGUCGGUCAUUCCCCCACUCGGGUCGGUCAAACCAAAUUCAACUUCAACGAGGUUGGCAAGAGUCGUAGUGACUUCGAUUUCAAGCCAAAAAAUGAGGGCUUGACUAUUUCAUCCGGUAUUGGCAAAACCAUUGCGACCAGGGGAUCUGCUAGUCUUGAAACUGUUGGUGACAGGAAAAGAAACAUGACUACUCCCAUUGGGGGUGAUUUUGAUGAAGAUCCGGACUUUUACAUCGAUGCCUACGGGGACGAUGAUGAGGAAGAAGAAUUCGAGGACGAUGAAGAUGAUCUGGAAGAUUCGGAAAAACCGGUUUUUCCUAUACAAAGCUGUGGUAGUGGUGGUAGUUUACAUAUUCGACCGCCGAUUGCCCCACCUACGCCAGAUCAAUCUGGCAGAGAAAUCCCGUUCGGUACAGAGGACACAAUGAACAGCUCUGAACCAUCAAUACGCCCCGAUAACCGGGACCUAUCCACGCCCAACAUUGAUUCAUACCAUCCCAAGUCCAAGAGGCGUCGGACUAGUGCUACGUCUUCGGGAGGUCGUAAACGCCGGAGAUCCUCUUCACUGCUGUCUACCGAUGUUACGAGUUUUGAUCUGAUUCCGAAUAGACGUGGAUCAUUGGGUAGCGGUGGUACUUGUUCCACCCGGUCUGGCCCCGAGGGCUUACUGUCCAAGCUGGUCAGAGGUAGAUUGGGCGGUUUGAUCAGUAACAGUCGACCGAAUUCCACCGGACUCGGCUCUAAGUCAUGUAAAUAA